AUGAGUAUCUUGUUUGCAAUUGUCGGAGCGUUGCAAUGGGGUGGAACCUCGGUUCCACGAACCCCGGUGCGAUUGGAACGGGCGCUGAGUUUCGAAUCGAGUCAAUGUCAAGUGGGGUUAGGGACGAAGCCCAAUCGGUUGAGUCGGUCGGAACGCGACCGGACGUGGCAGGGGUUCUCGUGGUCCGAGCGGCUGUCCCAGUCCUCCCUCUCGCUUUCCCGGCUGGUCCCGACCCAGUUCUCCCGGGGCUGGAAGAAGAAGUCGUAUCGCCUGAGUCAGGUCCAGGAGGACCAGUUCGGGUCCACGCCCAGCCUGUACAACGAGACGGACGAGGUGAGGGAGCGGGGCGAGGAACAGCUGCGGCUGUUGUCGGUAGCGCCCGCCCCGCCGCCGCGGAGAAGCAGCGAGGCGUUCGACGCCGCGGAGGUGCUCCACCUCCACAACAAACUCAAGAAUCCCCUCGAUCGCCUCCGACUCUCGGAAAGAGGAUGCCUGGCCGCGAGUUCCUCCCUGCCGCACAUCCACAACUUGUCUGACGUGGAACAGGAGCCCACCGAGGACGCGGUGUUCCUCCCGGCCUCGCAGGAGCUCCCCACCCCCAGUCGGGAGACAAGCGAGCCCGGCCAGGGACAAGGAGGCCAAGGAGGUCAAGGUGCAGCCCCAGUGAAGAAGACGGUGAAACUCCGUCGGAGGAAGGCUUACUACAGACAGAAGAGCCGCUCUGAUGACGACUUUCCCCGCACCUUCGAGGUGAGGCUGGCCGCCGCCAGGGACAUCUAG